CUGACCGGAGAGUGUACAGUAGUACCACUGCCUCGCUGGAUUGGGAGACUGCAGCGAGACAGAGGAAUACACAUUGACACUGUUUCACCCUAUCAGUCCCGGGAAAUGAAAUAUUCAUAUUAAAAGUGAGGGAGGACUAAGACCUAAAAUGACGGUGGAUUUUGAAGAAUGUAUCAAGGAUUCACCCAGAUUCAGGGCGAACAUUGAUGAAGUGGAGACGGACGUAGUGGAAAUUGAAGCUAAGCUAGACAAGCUGGUGAAGCUAUGCAGCGGGAUGAUAGAGGCGGGGAAGGCGUACAUCAGCGCCAACAAGCUGUUCGUCAACGGGAUCCGGGACCUGUCCCAGCAGUGCAAGAAGGACGAGAUGAUAUCGGAGUGUCUGGAAAAGUGUGGAGACAGUCUGCAGGAGAUAGUGAACUACCACAUGAUCCUGUUUGACCAAGCCCAGAGAUCCGUGAAACAGCAGCUGCACAACUUUGUAAAGGAGGAUGUGCGCAAGUUCAAGGACACCAAGAAGCACUUUGACAAGGUUCGGGAGGACAUGGAGAUUGCCCAGGUGAAGAAUGCCCAGGCGCCCCGAAACAAGCCCCAUGAGGUGGAGGAGGCCACCGGCACACUCAACAUCACCCGCAAGUGCUUCCGCCACCUCGCCCUGGACUAUGUGCUGCAGAUCAACGUUCUCCAGGCAAAGAAGAAAUUUGAAAUCUUAGACGCGAUGCUGUCCUUCAUGCAUGCCCAAUACACACUGUUCCAGCAGGGCUACAACCUCCUGGAGGAGAUCGACCCCUACAUGAAGAAGCUGGCGGCGGAGCUGGAUCAGCUGGUGAUCGACUCAGCCAUGGAGAAGAGAGACAUGGAACACAAGCAUGCCACCAUUCAGCAGCGGACCCUCUUGCAGGAUUUCUCCUACGACGACACCAAAGUGGAGUUCAACGUCGACGCCCCCAACGGCGUGGUGAUGGAGGGGUACCUGUUCAAGAGAGCCAGCAACGCCUUCAAGACGUGGAACAGGCGGUGGUUCUCCAUACAGAACAGCCAGCUGGUGUAUCAGAAGAAGCUAAAGGACUCGCUGACGGUGGUGGUGGAGGACCUGCGGCUGUGCUCGGUCAAGCCCUGCGAGGACAUCGAGAGGAGGUUCUGCUUCGAGGUGGUCUCCCCCACUAAGAGCUGCAUGCUACAGGCAGAGUCAGAGAAACUGCGACAGGCCUGGAUCCACGCUGUGCAGGCCAGCAUCGCCUCCGCCUACAGAGAGAGCCCCGACAACUACAGCAUCGAGCGUCUGGACCGGACGGCCUCCCCGUCCACCAGCAGCAUCGACUCGGCCAGCGAGCCGCGGGAGCGCAGCGUGCGGGGGGACAGCAUCCUGCAGCGCGUGCAGAGUAUCCCGGGCAACGAGCAGUGCUGCGACUGCGGCCAGGCCGACCCGCGCUGGGCCAGCAUCAACCUGGGCAUCCUGCUCUGCAUCGAGUGCUCCGGCAUACACAGGAGUUUGGGUGUGCACUGUUCCAAGGUCCGCUCUCUCACACUGGACUCCUGGGAACCAGAGUUACUGAAGCUUAUGUGUGAGCUGGGAAACAGCGUCAUCAACCACAUCUACGAGGGAACAUGUGAGGAGCUCGGCCUGAAGAAGCCCGGGCCCUCCAGCUCAAGGCAGGAGAAGGAGGCCUGGAUAAAGGCGAAGUAUGUAGAGAAGCGCUUCCUGAAGAAGAUGGCGGGUGGUGAGGCGCUGGUGAACGGUGAGCGGAAGUCACGGCGCUGGAGUGUGAAGAAGUGCCAGAGGCACAACAGCUCCACCAGGGCACCCAAGACCCGGCGGAAAUACCGCCAAGACCCCGGGAGUGCGUCACCCGGCAAUCUCUCCUCAGCUGCCACUGCACUGGAGAGAAAGUUCCGCAGGGACUCUCUGUUCUGCCCCGAUGAGCUGGACACCCUCUUCUCCUACUUCGACACAGGCUCCGGUCCCCGCAGCCCUGCAGGUCUGAGCAGUGACAGUGGCCUGGGUGGCAGCACUGACGGCAGCACAGACAUCCUGGUGUUUGGGUCAGUCGUGGACAGUGUCACAGAGGAAGAGUGCGAGGUUUCGGAGGAGUCCAGUGGGGAGGCGGAGCUGGAGCCUGAGACGUCGGACCCGGAGGACCCGCGGGACCUGCACCCGGGGGUGCUGCUGUACAAGGCGUCGAGGGCGCGCAACCUGCCCGUCAUGGCCGAGGCGCUGGCGCACGGGGCCGACGUCAACGCGGUCAACGAGGAGGACGAGAGCAAGAGCCCGCUCAUUCAGGCCGUGAUCGGGGGUUCUCUGAUAGCCUGCGAGUUCCUGCUACAGAACGGUGCCGAUGUCAACCAAAGAGACACGAAGGGAAGGGGACCGCUCCACCAUGCCACAUAUCUGGGACACACAGGGCAGGUGUGUUUGUUCUUAAAGCGAGGCGCCACGCAGAACGAUGGGGACGAGGACGGGCAGGACCCCCUGAGCAUCGCCGUGCAGGCCGCCAACGCAGACAUCGUCACCUUGUUGCGGCUGGCCCGGAUGAACGAGGAGAUGCGAGAGUCCGAGGGCCCGUUUGGACAGCCAGGCGACACCACGUACCUGGACAUCUUUCGUGAGUUUUCUCACAUGGCGUCUCACGACCCUGAAAAGCUGAAGCGCAGGAGCGUGCAUUUCCGCCACUCUUUCAGGUAGCCUCGCGCGGACAGAAAGCCUGUCUCUGUUCCUGAAGACCGCCUCCCUCAUUGUCAUAGCGGACGCUCCCAAGAGGUCCCAGUCCGCCCGUCCACACCCGGCCAGUAUCGGGCUACGUGCCUGAGACUGCGGGAGUUUGUUGUCCCUGUCUGCACAGUUAUGAUUUGGAUUGUUUUUAUGGUCUCUGAAAUCAGUCUUUGAGAUGAAAUGUCACUUAAACAUCUCACAUGUCUACAGAAUACUCUGAACCAGUCAGCUUCAGAUUGUCAUAAUGAUAAAUUCCUGAACGUGAAUUCUUUUUGAACAAAAUACUAAAUAAGGAGUGAUAUAAACCCCUUAGUGAAUGGUCAUCUUUUCUAAUCACACACAAUGGUUAUAAUCAUUUAUAGGAAGCAUAGGGUCACUGCAUGAACAUAUGACAGGAUGGGGGAUAUGUGACUUGCAGUUGUUGCUAUUGUAUAGAAGUGUUUGUUGCAUUUGUAUAUCAAAUCAUUUUAAUGUCCAUCUUUAAGAUUUCAAUUCAAGCUUUAUGGGGAUUGGCGGGCCUCUUCCUCCAUAUCUUGCAUCCUGUUUUUUUGCUGUACUUUUUCAUUCUCUGGGCUUCCGUCCUCGGAAAGUUAAUCCUCCACAGCCAGCAAUUAAUGUCCUCUCAAUGCUGAAGAAGCACUGAAAAAACAUCAUGUGUCCUCUGGUUUCAUGUCCCCUGGGAGUUAGAGUUUGCGAGGCCAAAUGUGAGCCAGUGUGCCAAUUCUGUUGAGGUCUCUAUUCCAGUGCAAGUUUUCUCAUUGUCUCACAGGAAUCUGCCACUGUAUUUCAUUCUGAAUGGUCGGUGUAUGCUCAGCAAGACAGUUAUGAAGAGAUCCUGAGUGACUCAGAUGGUAAAGGUGCUUGUUUCAAGCCCAGGCUGAAACAUAUGGUCUGGUUUCAAAACCAGAUGUGUCAAUUGGCAGAAAAUAUUGCAUGCAUCCUGCCAUGACAAAUGAAUUUUCAUUCAUUUGGGAUGAGCACAUGGAGUCCCAUGAAUUACUCAAAUGAUAUCAAGAGGAUGUGCCUGUCCUCUGGUGGCAUUUUC